AUGAAAGAUAAUAUUACUGUUGAAACACUUGAACGCCAACUACGAUUUGGACUUGGAGUCGUUCGUGGAAUGGAUUUUCUUGCACAAAGAAAGGUUGUACAUCGACGUCUUGCAGCUCGCAAUGUCUUGCUUGAUGCUGAUCUUAAUCCGAAGAUAACUGGGUUUGGGCCAAAAGCAGGAGAAACGCACGAUGGAGAUAGCAAUAAGAGGGAGAGGAUGCCAUUGAAAUGGAUGGCCCCAGAAUGUCUUAAAUCAACGGUAGAUGCGACUGAAAAAAGUGAUGUUUGGUCAUUUGGAGUCGUCCUCUGGGAGAUAUUUUCUUUCGGCGAGAGUCCAUACGGCAAUAUAAGAGGUCAUGAACUGCCAGCUAAACUUAAAGAAGGCUACCGCCUUCCAAAACCUGAGCAGUGCGAUGACAAAUGGUAUGGUGUAAUGAAACAAACUUGGGAAGAAAGUACCGAGAAACGACCAACUUUCAAAGAGAUAAGAAGUACACUCGAUGAAAUAUUUGUAGCCGCACCCACCGAUGAUUAUUACUACUAUAGAAAGUAAAAUGCAAAACAAGAUUGGAUUCGUUUCAUUCUCAUUUGCAAACUGUUAUGGGUGUAGAUAGACAAAACUUUCGAAUAUAUAAAACAUUAACUUUUCUAUUGUUUAGUUAAUGUUCGUAGCUGUCUGACUUAAAAAACGGUGGAAGAAAAUUAGAUAUGUGUGCUAUCAUGUUGAUGCUUUUUGUUUGUCGUUUAACAUUUCGUUUCCAGACAGGUCAUUAUUGUUUCAGAAAUCUUCUUUAAGAAAUAUUUUUUAGUUAUGAAUUAAUAAAUUCAUGUAUCAUUAUUCUUUUCUGUUACCAAUUUGAAAUCUCUUAAUAUUUUUUCUAUAAAAACUGUGAACAUUCAUAAAAGAUUAUUAUUUGCAUCUUUUGUUUUUAAUUAAUAUGUAAUUAUUAUAUUUAGAAAUUGACAUUGUAG